UCUUGAAAUAAAGUUACAGUAAAUAUCUAAUGAGUGUAAAAUGAAAAGAGGCGGCCAGAUGCGCAAACAGUCUCCAAUAUUGGGAUUCAAAAUUUCCAAGAGACCCCAAAGCAAACCUGUGACUCCCAACACAAUCUCAUUGCCUGUAGCUGAGGAUGGAGGUCAGAGAGAAGAACCUAGUGAUGAAGACAAAAGGCAAUAUAAGGGGACAAGAUACAUCACAGAAGACCUGAUUAGGAGAGUGACAAAAUGUGACAAUUUAGUUCUCGUGCUCACCCUGGAUCUGUCUAUGGCCACAGGGAGUGACCACCAAUUUAGGUAUAUAGAAAAUUUGGACAAGUGUGAACGCCUGCAGGUUCUCAACCUCAGCAACAACAGGAUAGAGAGAAUUGAGAAACUAGAGAAACUAUGUCAAUUACGUGAGCUUCACCUUUCCAAAAACAGGAUACAAAAAGUUGAAGGUCUAGAACACAUGACGAAACUUCAGGUUCUAAACUUAGCAUUCAACAACAUUGAAGAUCUUCCAGUUUGGUUUGGAAAGAAGCUCCGAUCCCUUCAGACCGUAAAUCUACAGAGCAACAACAUAUCCUCACUUCAUGAGCUGGCUAAACUGAAGCCCCUGAACAACCUGACGUGUCUAACAUUAGCCGAAAACCCAGUAUCCAAUCUGGCCCAUUAUCACCUCUUCCUCAUCUUCAAACUGAGGUCACUGGAAAUAUUAGAUGGAAAACCAAUUAGUCCACAGGAUAGAGAGCAAGCACAUCAACGGUUUCACAUGGAGGAAGUGGAGCGUUUGGAGCAAGAGCUGGAGUUGAGAGCCGAGGAGACGGAUCGGCUUCAGAGAGAGAGAACCGUAGCACUGGAACAACUGGAACACCAGGAAACAGUCAACCAAAACUUGAGGCAGCAGAAUCAGGAGCAACAGCACAGCCAUGAGGAGCUCCAGAGAGAACUGGACACCAAGUCUGAACUGCUGAAACAGAAAACUGUGGAAUUGACCCAGGCUUGUCAGAAACACUAUGAGCUCGAGCAGGAGUUGGCCUUUCACAAAAUAGAUGUCAAGUUUGAACCUCUUCCUUUUUAUCCAGACCCUGAGGUGGAGGUAGACAACCUAAUAAGCGAGAGUCCCUACAUUGGAAAGUCUCGUCAGAAAAGAAACAUCACAUUGCCAUCAGAGAAUGAGAAGACUGGCACACGAGACCAGCAGAUGCAUCCGCCAGCCUCAGACCUGACAGAGACUGAUAGCCCAGGAGAACAUUACAUGUCCAGACAUGCCCAGCUGGCAGCUGAGAAGCGAUUACAGCAGUUAAAUAAAGAAAUUGAAGCAAGAGAACAACAGAUCCUUAAAGCCAGUGAAGAGCUUCGGCAGCUAGAGGAUGCAGUUUCCCAGAGACGGGUCUGUGAGGCUGAAAAGGAGCAACUCAGGCAGGAGCUUCAGAGGAGGAUACAGAGUCUUGGAGAGCUGAGAGGAGAGAUGGAGGCUGUGGAGAAACAGCUGGACAGACUGAAUGCUGAGAGGAAUCAAGCUCAGGAUGAAAUGGAGCAGCUGCAGAAUCUACUGCACAACCUGGAUCCCAGUGACCCCAAACAUACCCAUGUGAAGGCUCAGUUGUCCAGGAAGUCACAGCUGCUGGCCAUCAUGAGCAGAAAGCACCAGGAACUGGAGCGCAGGCUGGAUGACAUGAUCACACGCAUUUACAAGGAGACGCAGGAGAUCAAAGAUCUGGAGCAGCAGCUGACUGAUGGUCAGAUAGCUGCUAAUGAAGCGCUCAAACGUGACCUUGAGGGCAUCAUAUCAGGUCUUCAGGAGUAUCUGCGGGGUGUGAAGGACCAAGCACGAAGAGCCCAAUCAGAUUGCAGACGUCUACAGAGGGAGAAAGACACUCUGCAGCACCUCUUAGACAUAAAGGAGCAGGAAUUCACACAGCUGGAGAAUAAAGCCCUGAGUGCUGAAAACACACAGGAGGAGCUAGAGCGACAGCAGCAGGAGUUUGAGAAUCUGAUGAAGGAGAAUGAAGAUCUGAAGCGAGCACAAGGACAGGUCAGUGAAUAUGAGGCCGAGCUGGAGAGCCAACUACAGCAGAGAGAUACUGAAGCCACACAGCUGAAGGACGAGCUGGACAGACUGCGUCGACUCACUCAGAUGGAACACACUGCGCUCCAGGCAGAGCUGCAGAAAGAACGACAGGCAAAGGAGAAGGCUUUAGCACAGGUGCGCAUGGCUGCAGACAAAGAGCUUGAGAACACACAACUUCUGCAACAGAUCAACUCUCUCCAGGAGGAGAGAGACUGUCUUAAAGAGGAAGUAGAUGCCUUUCAGGAUGACUUAAAUAACGUUCGGGAGCAGCUUCUGCGCCCGGAAAGUGUAGCUAGACAUUUAGGAGAGCUGAGAAGAGGCUUAACUACAGGACAAAAGGAAUUAAGCUUUGAAGACCUCGGGGAACCAGUGAACAAAAAAUUCAUGGAGUUACAAAAGGAAGUGCAUCGUGUAGUAUCUGCUGCUCAGAGAGAUAGAGAUGAGGCCCAGCGCUGUCAGGAUAGACUCGCUGGAGAGAUGAGUUCACUCAGAGAAAGACUCAGAAAGUACCAAGAGAGACAUCAGACUCAGACAACCGAGAGACGUGGUGAAGAAGCGGAGCUCCAUAGAUUGAGGGAAGAGCUAGAAGAAGCUCGUGAGCAGCACUACUUGAUGGCGCAGCGUUUAGAAGAGACAGAAAUUGACAGGGACCGUAUACUCGCAGAAUUAGAGGAACAAGAUAAACAGAUGAACACUGAGAAAACCCAGACUCAAGAGCAGCUGGAGUCUCUCAACCUAGAAAUGCAGGCUCUCCGGAGAUCUUUUUCCUCUGCUGACAGACAGGCAGCUCAACAACUGAUCACAGCGAAGGACAAACUUCACUCUCUUCAUAGCACUAUAGAGAAAAUCAAUCUGGAAAGAGCAGCGAAUGCAGAGGAGUUACAGAGCACCAGGAUUCAGGCUGCCCAAGCCAUUCAGGACUUGACCAACGCUGAAGCGGAAAUCCAGGUCCUCCAGAAGCUUCUGAGUGAUAGGGUUCAAGAGACAGAUGGGAAUCUCCACGGUCUCCAAAACUCUCAUAUUCAACAGGAAGAAUUGGACAGAUUAAACCAAGCCCUGAAAAGACAACAAGCCCAAACCAAACGUCUCCGAGAUCAACUAGCACAAGUCAAUGGAGCUAACAACAUAAAUCUAGAUGAGCUGCUGGAAGAGAUUGGAGCCCUGAGGGAGACUCUUCUACAACAGAAUAACUUCCUGUCCAGUUUAGGAGAUCCUAUACCAAACACAGGAUAUUGGUAUUAUGUACCAUCCAAUCAACAUGCCCCAAGUUUGGGAUCUCAGGGCACACAAGACUCAGGAUUAGGUUCUGUACACCCUCAAUCCCCCGAGAGGAGUCGGCGAUCCGGCCACAGAGCACACAGAGAGAGAAGACCUCCUGCUAAUGGAGGAUACUGGGUCUAUUCUCCUAACCCUUACUCUCAUGGAAAGAGAGAUGCUCAGAUGUCCAGAGACAGUGGAAGAGAGAGUGACAUGGAGGGAACUCGCUUCACACCUUCAUCCGCUCCUGCUGGAUUUACUCCACAUGAUAGCACUGCUUUUCCUCCUGGUUCAUUUAUUUACAGUCACUCUGUUCCUGGGCUUCCUAUUGGAGCCAGCACAGUCCUCUAUGGUCCUCCCCCUGAUGCAGCAAGGCUGGUAUAUGGACCUCCUCCUGCAAAUCUGACUGUUCCUCUGGUGCCCAGUGGGACGCUGCACUGUAAUGUGCCUGGACAUCAGGACUUGGAGCGAGAUCUGAAGAAGGCAGAGCGCAGGCUGAGAGAGGAGUGUGCAGACAGAGCUCACAGUGAACAAGAACAGCACACGCUGCAGGACAGAACAGCAGAACUACAGCAGGAAAUCAAGCAUCUUCGCAGGACUGUCCGCACACUGCAGCGCCAAACGAGUGGUCUGGAAAGCACUUUAUCUCAUGCAGAAGAGGAGCAGUGUGUGCUGGGAGAGGUGGAGUGUUUGGAGAAAACCCUGCUGAAGCGCAGAGCCGAGCUCAGAGAGGCUGACCGACGGCUGCUGGAAGCUGACGCACAGCUCAAAAACACUCAAACCAAGACUGAAGAAAACAUUCAGCUCUAUAAUGAGGCUAAGAAGAGAAUGGAAGAGACAGAGCGAGAGCUGGCGGAGAUGGAAAAGAGAGCUCAUGACUGCGGCAAACUUCUGGUGCAAAGUAAACAACAGCUGAGGAGUCUUCAAGAGGAGGUUACGGAGAUGCAGAAAAGGAAAGAGGACAAGGACCGCAAUCUACAUGACGCUGAGGAGGUCCUUGCAUGUCAUGAUGCAAAGUUUCAAGAAGUUGGCAGAAAGCUGGAGAGAGCGACUGACAGACUGGAAAUAGCUGAGAAAGAGCUCAGAGAGACCCAGAGCAUGGAGGUGAAACUGUUGCAGAGCUGCAGAGAGAUGGAAAGCAGCCUAGCACAGCGCAAAACACAACUGGAUGAAGUCAACACUCAGGUGGUCUUGCAGCAGAAGGAGCUGUCUUUGCUGGACAGGAAGCUGGAGCAGUGGAAACGGGAAGAGGAAGUGUUGAGAGUUAGUGUGGAGCAGCACAGGCAGGCCCUGCUGGAUGUGCUCAGACAGGGAGAGGAGGAUGCGAAACUCUUGCAAGAGCGUGUUCAGGAGCUGCGUGUGGAUGUACAUUCUCUGGCCGUUCAGAAGGGAGAGCUGGACUCUCAGCUGUCUGAGAAGAAAACCAGGCUGGCACAGUUUAAGAAAGACCAGCGGCAGGAAGAAGAAACCCUGCAGAACCUUCGCUCAGCCAUUAAAAAACACAAAGCAGAGCUGGCACGCAUGUUGGAAAUGAUCCAGCUGGAAACUGGAGAAUUAGAGGAUGUGAAGCUUCAACAUAACCAGAAACUGGAGCAACUAGAGAAGAGCCAGGAAACUCUUCUGCAGGUGCGUGUGGAACUGCAGUGUGUGCAGCAGGAGCUUCAGGAGCAGCGUGGAGAGGCUGAGAGACAGAUGGAGAAAGAAAGAGAAGAGCUGCACUCACUCCAGCAGAAGAGCCUCCACCAGCAACAGCAAACAGAGGCAGCAGUUCAGGAGAGGAGCAGCCUGCAGGAACAGUGUCGAAACCUAGAGGCCAGACGCAUGCAUGCUCAGAGGUGUUUGGAAGCAGCAGAGACGAGGAUGAGUGCAGCAGAAACAGAACUUCUCAGAGUACAGGCAGAGCUGAACAAACUACAGCAGGACCAGAAACAAGCACAAGACCUGCAUCAGGAGAUCAGCAGAGACACUGCAGCCAUGCAAAAGCGGCAUGAGGAGGAACUGAGCAAACUGAAAAAGCAGCUUGUGGACUCUCAGACUCUGGUAGAUGAGGUUAGAGAGGAAGGGAAGUCUGCAAGAAGGGAGUGGGAAGAGCUUGUGGAGAAACAAAAAGAGCAAAAGGCUGAGCUGAAGGAGAAAGAGGAGAAGAUCAGGAGGAGACAACAAAAGAUGGAGCGAAUGGAGGAGCAGCUGCAGGAUCUUAAGGCGGAAAUAUCUGUGAAACAGGCACAGCUUGAAGACCAUGAGAAGCUGAUGAGGGUUCAGCAGCAGCAGAGCACUGAUCUGGAGCAGCAGCUCAGACUCAAGGAGCAGAAACUGCAGGCGGUAGAGAGAUCUCUGGUACUGAAGCUGGAGCGCAUGGAGCAGAUGACAGUCGCAGCAGCAGACCUGGACCUGCAGGGGGAGUACAAGCACUGCACUGCACUACAACAGCAGGUGGAUCAACUGGAGCACGAGCUGUGUGAGCGGGACGCCAGACUCCAGCAGGCUUUUAAAGACACCCAUCGCCUGCAGGAGACUCUGCUGUCUGAGAAGACUAACCACAGCCACACAAAUAGGUCAAACCUGCAGAGAGUGGAAAAGGAUCGUGUGCGUCUCCAGAGUGACCUGCUGACUAUCGAAAGAUCUGCUCAAGAAAACCACCAACAAGCCAGAACACUGCAAAAACAGCUCGGCACCAUUUCCCAAAAGCUGCUCAGCCUCAAAGACACAGUACAAACACUGCAGAAGCAGGAGGAGGAGAGCGGCACUGCAUUCUGGGAGAUCAACCACAGCACAGCGGAGCUCGAGACGCCCUCUAGUGCCUCUUCAGACACUGACAGCUUGAAAGAGAACCGGCCUGCUGUUACGCUCUCCAUGGGGAAUCCAGCAUACAACACUGAAGAUGAACAGUGGCGAGGAGAAGCACUGAGAGAGAGACUGAGGCAGCAGGAGGACCACCUGAAGGUUCAGCUGCGCAGACGCAUGUUCUCCCAGCAGGAGGCUCUGAGUCAGCGCAGACUGCUGACCGAGGGCAGCAUUCAGGGCCUGCGCAGACGCGUGGACAAACUGGACCAGCUACUCGGCAGCUCUUCCAAAGACUCCUCUUAUCUGCCUGACCAGGAACUUCUGCCAAAACAUGCCAAUGGACGAGAUCGGAUGAAAUGGUCCACUGAUCCUUUUGAAUGGACAUAA